AUGUUCAACUCAUCCGUGAUUCGCCGUACGCCCCUUGUCUUCAAACGCUCGCUGUCCAUCAUCAAUGCCCGACCAGCCCUCAAGACGGCUCCUGCAACGCUGACCUGGCCGCCGCUUGCUCCCCUGCGCGGCUCUACCCUCGCCGCACAGCUAAUUGUCCGAGGUGCUGCGAGCUCGGUCUCUGGCAGACCAGGCUCGCAAACAUUCAAAGAGGCCGCACAAAACAUCCGCGAGGAGGUCGGAAACUCGACCACCGAUUUCGCCAAGGUCAUCGCGGGCGCAAACUGGUUCCAGGAUGCGACCCUCUCAGAUCCGAAGCGCAAUACCUUCCUCGGUAUUACGAAUGCCGUCGCGCAUUCAGUUCCUACUCCCUACAUUGCGACCGGACUUGCAGGGGGUCUCCCGUACGUUGGAACGGCACUGGCGACGAUCUACAUGGCUCAGCAGGCGGGUAUGGCCAUGAUGGAUGCUACCUCGAGCAUCGAUCCUGGCGUGGCUAUUACCAUGCUCGAUCAGGCUCUCAACAUCCAGAUGACAUACGGCGCGGUCAUGCUCUCCUUCCUUGGUGCGCUGCACUGGGGCUUUGAGUUUGCUGGCUAUGGUGGCACCAAAGGGUACCCCCGCCUCUUGCUCGGCGCAGCUCCCGUCGUCCUCGGCUGGUCGACGCUCGCCAUGGAGCCCAUGACGGCACUCAUCAUGCAAUGGAUCGGUUUUACCGGCAUGUGGUGGGCCGACUGGAAAGCGACGAGCGCGGGGUGGACGCCCAUGUGGUACUCUCAGUACCGGUUCUAUUUGUCCAUCCUCACAGGGACGUGCAUCAUUGGGACCCUCGCCGCGACAAGCUAUUGGGGCCCAGUCGGGGGCCACGGCCUGGUCAGCCACGAUUUGAACAUGAUCCGCGGGCUGCGCGAGAAGAAGCAGAUCGAGAGCCAGGGGGUUAUCAAUGGAGAUGUGGAGGCCGUGCUUGCGCCAGAAGACUCAGGCUCGUACGUGCUGGUGCGGAAGAAGCAUGCGCAGCCCAUGGGAGAAGUGCAGGGUGCAGGGCAGUGA